AUGCUGGAUGAUUCUACACCAGGAACGUCCAUGGCCUGGGAUGAAGCAAUCUGCAAUUCGAAUGUUUCCGACUUGGGCCUCUCGAGGGGCAACGACAGAGGAGGUGGCUUGGCAUUCAUCAGCCGCAUUCGCGAUAUUUCCGGAACUGUGGUGACGAAUGCAACCUGCGGAUUUAUUUCGACGAACUCCCUUUCGCCGAUUUUCUGGCAUAGCAAUUCUCGCGUCAUGGGCCCGUUGCCGUUUGGUGUGCAGGGCCAUCGAUAA